AUGCGUUUCUCUAGGUUGCAAGAUGGAGAGCAGAGAGUUAUCACAUCACACCCUUUUAGCUUCCUGCACAUCAGACCUGUACAAAUGCAGAAGGAACACAAGCUUCCCAAUAUGAGCUGCAUGUCCUUAUCAGAUCCUCAAGCUCAGAGAAGAAGACUUGACUUGCCCACUUUCCGAUUCAAGCGAGGAAUCCGAAAUCCUGGAAAGUGGCUGAUUCUGCAUACUGGUAUUGACGAUGUAUGCUUGCACAAGGGAAAUUUGGCGCGAGAGCUACAUGGCGGGCUUGUCGUGACAGCUGUCCGACAAGCAAGUUCUUUGGCGCUGUUCAGGGAGCUGGCUACUGAUAAUGCACUUCGCGUAAAUCGACGUGCAGGGUUCGGUGGCGCAAGUGCUUAUGACUUGAUGCAGGGCCACUGUCUUCACCGAAAAUCCAUCGGGGCACCUGGUCUGUAUAUGCAGUGGAAUGUUGGGCUGACAGGUCUGGGUGCGUACAAGAAGUCGUUAGAUGUCAAGGCGAACAGAAGCGGAAGCUUGAGAGGUGGCGAUUUAUCUCUUGGCAUCGGCGCAAAUGGACGAUCCAGGAAGGUGUGGAUACUCGCGCCAAUAGAUCGACAGCAGGGCUCUCCAAAAGCUUGUGUGUGUAUUCGAGGUGAUGAUACGGGACGCUUGGAAGUACAUGACCAGCUCAUAUCAGGUAGCAUCCAUAGGCAAAUCUGGAGCCCGUACCUAGGCGGAACAGUUUUCACUCUCGGCUUCGUGCGUACCACGUUUACGUGCAUUUGGAUGACAGAUGGCAUGCAUGCGCUUGUCACUAUCCGCAGAUUGACGAUACGGUUUGGCUGUGGCUCCAAUCGAUGCCGGGUCGAUGGAGCAUUGCGACAGAUGGAAUGGCCGUUCGUCUGGGGCCGCUUGAGCACGUGCCAUGCUCACAUGCGGAACGGGACGAAGGGGAACCGGCAACCAUCCGUUCGUGUUAGGGAGGGUUUGGGACAUGACGGCUACCGGUACCGGUCCCGUAAGCGUUUCUUCACAAGACCACACCCCACGCUCCUCGUCAUCGCACCAGAUUCCGGACCCAUGUAUGCAGAUGUGCCUUAUGACAACUAG